ACUCGUGACCUGUUCGUGCCUGAAGCAUUACCCCCUUUGUUUGCUAUAGUUCGCCGAGCUACUAUAUUCGAUGUCGUGACAUUUCCCCCGUCCCGGGUUGCCGUAUAGGGCUCGGUCUGUGAAUGUUAUAAAAGUCAUCAGCCUGUCCGGCGACUUUUGGGAUUACUGUUUGUUUCGCCAGCCAAGCAUCACUCGUUCCAAAUCCCCUCAACCAAGUCCAACCGCCCAAGAUGAAGGUCACCGCCCUCCUCACCCUCCUGCCCCUGUCCUCCGCCAAAAUCCUCUGGGACGGCCGCUUCAACGACUUCAACUCCUCUUCCGAUCUCAACAAGUGGUCCUGGUCCAACCAAGUCGGACCCUACCAGUACUACAUCCACGGCUCUGGCGACGUGACCAAAUACGUGAACCUCUCGCCGUCCUACAAGAACCCGGCCGACACGGCGUCGAAGCAGGGCGUGAAGAUCACGCUCGACAGCACGGCCUACUGGAACGGCCAGAACAUGCGGCGCACUGAGCUCAUCCCGCAGACAAAGGCCGCCAUCAACUCGGGCAAGGUGUGGUACCACUUCAGCAUCUCCCGCAAGGACACCAACGCGCCGAGCAUCUUCCGUGAGCACCAGAUUGCGUUUUUCGAGAGCCACUUCACUGAGCUCAAGAGCGGGUGGAUUAGUGGCGAGUCGGCGACGAACAACACGAAUCUGCAGUUUAUGGUGCAGCAGAAGAGUCUGUGGAAGACGGAGUGGAAGCCGGAUGUGUGGCACAAUGUCGCCUAUGAGAUUAACUUCUCCAGCGGAAGCGUCGGUUUCUGGCACUCAGAGGGCAAUGCCCCUCUCCAGCAGGUCGUGGCUCCCAUCUCUGCUUCGACGUCGUCCAACGGCGCGGACUGGCAUCUGGGCGUUCUCGAGCUUCCCCGCGAUGGUUAUGCCGACACCAACGAGGACUUCUACUUCUCUGGCGUCUAUGUUGAGGAUACUGCUAUCACGACCUCUGUCACUGGACCUGCCGCCUAGGGGAAAUCUCAACUCAUUUAGAGAGUAGGAGUAGAAGCAGGCUCAAGGGAAGGUCAGGCAAGACGGCAACAUCGUACAUACUUAACCCAUUCUUCAGUACAUAUCACUCAUUCACGUUCAUGCAUAUAAGAUUGAGAACCCGGCAUAUCUUGUUU